ACUGGGCCUUAUUUAUUAGGCGACCGGAGCGCGAGUUGAAAUAGACAGGUCGAACCGGCUGGGCCGAGUGGCAGUCCCGCCUUUCAUUCGUUGCCACUUGAAGCUUUGAAACAAGUUUGAAUUCCGAGCGCCAAAAAUUUCCAACGGUUUACUGAGCAGAGCUGCCGUUCGCCUGAGCAGUAACUUGGGACGAAGAUAGCGAAAGGAAGGAGGGGGUUGGGGGCGCGACGGGAAGGUGAUCAUCAUCAACAUCGUCAACGUCACGGAAGAGCUGAUGGAAAAGAAGGGAUUCUGUUAGGUUUUGGCUGAGUCGGUCUAAUGGUCAGGCGGAAGACGGUGGCUCCGCCCAGGGGCCGCCGGCGCUCGUCUGAACUACGAACGGCCGCCGGUCGAGCUACCGCUGCAAGCCCGCGAACUCCAGGAACCCCAGCUCCCCCCUCAAGCCCACACACUCCUUCUGAUGUGUAUCAGGGAGGGGCAAAAGUGGGUGGAACAGGAGCUGUAGACGAUGCAAGACAACCGACACAGCGGUCGCGGAAGCACCGUUACAGGCCUGGGACCGUUGCUCUCCGGGAAAUCCGAAUGCUGCAGAAGUCAGUUAACCUUCUCAUACCCACGAUGCCGUUUGUUCGAGUUGUGAGAGAAAUUGCUGGAUAUAUUUCAAAAGAACCUUUGCGGUUUACUGCUGAGGCAUUGCUUGCAAUUCAAGAGGCAGCAGAAGCGGAAUUGGUGCAUUUGUUUGAGGACGCACAGCUAUGUGCCAUACAUGCAAAGCGUAUUACACUUAUGGCGAAGGACUGGCAACUUGCACGCAGACUUGGUGGGAAUAGAUGAAGACUAUUGUGAUUGAUGUUACUGUAAUUUGUAUGUGGACCCUUUUAUCAAUGAAUAAGUUUUACAUUGAUUGCUCAGUAA